AUGACGACAUCGAGAGCCCAAUUGUACGAGACGUUUGACGUCCUGCCCAACCUCAUUGACGUGCUGAAAGACGUACUGUCGGCGACGUCGACGACGCAAGAGAUCGUGCGGAUCGGAGACGUCUCCGCAUCGGCAGUGGCUGUGAAGCACAAGUACAAUGACGCGCUGGAGCUACUGCGGUCGUUGCCUGGUAUUGACACUUCGUUGACGGAGCAGGAGACGGCUAUUGCCAAGGCAAAUGAAGAGCUCAAGCGCAUUUCUGACGUGGUCGAGCUCUAUAGCAAUACGUUGUACCGUGGCACGGACGAGCCGCGUGCAGAGGUCAAUGACGCAUUUUCUCGAAAGAGUCUGCUGAAGUAA